CAUUGAUUACUUAAUCUCCCGGGUCUAAGCUUCAAUCAUAGUAAUUGUUAGUCAGUGUAUCUGCUACGUUCGUGAAAGUACUGUCAAAUAGGUUACAUUACACGAUGAUUCAAUCGCUACGUCGACUUCUGCCGAGCUUGAUUGACGAUCGAUGGCCGCAUACGAAUUAGUGUGAUUUUCUACUAAUUACCCCUCAAUUUUACUUGUUGAUUACGUGAAUCGUUACAUGCUCCAGUGCGGUUUACAUUAUUUAAUUAAUAUGCAUUAUCUGUUCUUCGAAAGCAUUUUUCUUUACUGCAGAUUUUUCCUAAAUUAUAUCCUUGUACCUAGUAGUUAUCCUUUGAUCAUGAUUCGUGAGAGUAGUCUGUACAGCUUUCGAUUGUGUGUAUAUUUUUGAUGAAUCUAAAUAAUAAUAGCGGCGCUUACGUUUCGUUAUCACUUUUAAAUUCCGCUUCGUUUAUUUCGCCAUAAUCUUAAUUGUUUACGGAUAGGUACGGCCAUAACAAAGAUUAUUGCGUGCUGAAACACUCCAAUGCACAUGGAAAUGCAUGCUAAGGUUAACGCUGUUCAGUUGACUGGCAAUAGUGAGAAACAUAUCCCACCUCGGCGCGCGGCUCGCUCGAGUGGCCGCACGCGCCUUCAGUCUGUGUCGACCGCAGCGCGGGAACUGCGCGCGCUGAGCUUCGCGCCGCACUCGAAUUUCGAACACGAUAUUCUUUUUCCAAAUCGUGCGUCGUGCGUGCGGUCCGGCAGUUUUUUUCCUCUAAUCAGUGCUUACCGGCCAGUGUUUUGAUCGAUUCAGAAGAGAAUUAAUGACAGUGUGCUGCCGUUUUAUAAUCGUGUCUGUUAUCGGAAGAAUGCGUAGAAAUCGCAACGCUUCAGCAGCUGGUUAGAAGACGGGUAUGGUGGCGCGUGCCCGGUGGUUGCCCGGGUUGAUGACUGCAGGCCCCAGUGGUGUUGGUUCAUGGUGGUUGCGUCGGCCUGAUCGCCAUAACGGUUGCAUGUAGAAGCAAAAAACAAACUCGCUCCAGUGACAAAAACCGUCAAACCGAUCCGGGAAUAGAAACAUGAUAUAAUAAACAACUCAACUGGAGCAGACGCAGUGACGCAACCAUGAGUUCCCGGGAAUACUACAAAGUGACGUACAGAAGCAAGACCACCGGCGACCACCCAUCCUACGACAACCAUCCCGACGCAUUAGACAACGACGCAGAGUUCAACGCCAACCAGUUCAAACUGUACGAUGACUUCACCACAGAUUUGAGGAUCAACUACAACCCUCUUAGGAACAACCUGUUCCCGGCCGAGCUCGGAAGGAGGGACUUCGCCGACAGGAGGAAGACUGCUGACCCCAACGACUCGGGCGUCGACAUGGAAAACGGAAAUCCGGUUGAUGUUGCGUCUAAUGACAGCGAUUUGUUGGAGAAUGAAGUGAUGGUGGACACGUGGAGCAGCAUGGACUCGUCCAACUCUCCGCUGACCGACUCCGGCGCGUCCGCCAGCGAGGACCUCACCCCCUCCACCUCGAGCGAGCCCCCGCGCCCCGCGCCCGACCCCCGCGACAAGCCCAAGACCCUCCCCAAGCCCACGGACAAGCGACGCGACCUCACGCUGCAACUAGACACCAUCGACGACCCCCUCCCGCGCCGCCCGCACUUCCUCGACGAAGACUACCAGCCCCCGUCUCGCUCUAACCUCGAGUGCAGGAUACCCAAGCCGCACUUCCUCGACCACUCCCCCUCUCCCGAUGAGCUGGACGAACGCAGCGACAUCACCAACCCGAAUUUCCUAGACGAUGAUAUCCUAGAAACAGAUGACGGUAAGAAAUCCGGUGCUUUACCCAAACGACAGCAGAAGCAGGAGGAGCGACCGCGGACGAACUACAGGACCGCACUGCACUAUGGGCUGGAGAGUGCGGCGCGGUCGAGUGAAAGAGACAAACGCGCAUCGCAGUUGUAUCGCGGCACGUGGCCCGGCGAGCGAGAGCCGUGGCCCGACGCCGCCAGCGUCCGUAGCUUCUCUAGCAGUGGCUCGGGCGACGCACCCCGCCCCGCAGCAAACCUCGACAACAAAAUGGAGUGUGUGUACUCUCUGCUAUCGCUCUUGACCCUGUCGCCCGACAACAACGCGGAUCUCAGCGGCCCGUUGUUGGAGAUGAGCCGCUCGGUCGAGAGCUGCGUCGCCAUGCGCCAGGCCGGCUGCAUACCGCUCCUAGUGCAGCUCAUACACUCCAAACUGCCAAGAGAAACGAGGGAUCGCGCGGCGAAAGCGCUCCGCAACAUCAUACACACACAAACGGACGACAAAGCCGGCAGACGCGAAGCGAGAGUCUGGAGACUGUUGGAGCAAGUUAGAGAAUACUGCUACACGCUAGAAGACGUGGUCGAAUCGCGGAAGGAAGGGAGAGAGUUAAUAGAGGAUGACGCGACGAAGCACCCGAGCCAGAGCGUGGCGGCGCUUAUGAAGCUAUCCUUCGACGAGGAGCACAGGCACGUGGUGUGCCAACUGGGCGGGCUGCAGGCAUUGGCCGCUCUUGUCAGCGGCGACCAAUCAGCGCACGGCAGCGGCACCGACGACCACACGUGUCUCACCAUGCGCAAGUACGCCGGCAUGACGCUGACCAAUCUCACGUUUGGGGAUGGCAAUAAUAAGAGUCUGCUCUGCUCGUUUAAAGACUUCAUGAUGGCUCUGGUGGAGCAGUUGGAGAGCCCCAAUGAAGAUAUGCGACAGGUGACAGCGGCAGUCCUAAGAAACUUAUCCUGGAGAGCCGACACAAACAGCAAACAAGUAUUAAGAGAAGUGGGCGCAGUCAAGGGUUUGACGAAAGCUGCGAUGUCGUGCCAAAAGGAAGCCACACUCAAGUCCGUUCUGUCGGCGCUGUGGAACCUCACCGCACACUGCUCUAUGAACAAAGUCGCCCUAUGCUCGGUAGAUGGCGCUUUAGGCUUCCUAGUAGACAUGCUGAGCUACAACUCGCCGACUAAAACAUUAGCAAUAGUUGAAAACGCGGGUGGCAUCAUGAGAAACGUGUCCAGUCAUAUAGCCGUCCGCGAAGAUUACAGGCAGAUUCUCCGCGAGAGAAACUGCCUUAGUGUCUUACUGCAGCAUCUCAAGUCCCCGAGUCUGACCGUCGUCAGCAACUCCUGCGGAACCCUCUGGAAUCUUUCCGCCCGAUGUCCGCAAGACCAACAGUUCCUGUGGGACCAUGGAGCGGUGCCCAUGCUGAGGAGCCUCAUACACUCCAAGCACAAGAUGAUAGCGAUGGGGUCGAGUGCAGCCCUCAAAAACCUUCUCAACUCCAAACCGGGGAAGACGCAUAUCAUAUCCUUGGAUUCCACCGCGAGGAAUAUGAACCUACCAGUUCUGCCUACUCUCGGUGCUAGGAAGCAGAAAGCGUUGGAACAAGAAUUAGACCAGAAUUUGGCAGAAACAUGUGACAACAUCGAGCCAGCCACUUCUCCUAGCACUAGCAACAGGGAAGAAAAGAACCUCUUCACAGCUACUGAAAGACAAAUUGCCAUGAAUUUAGAAAGGCAUAGAAUGACUUCAAGCUCCCCUUUGAUGGGCAACUUAUCUUCCCAGAUCUCUUUAAGCCACAGUGCCCAUUUAGCUGGUUAUCUGAGCUGCAGUAACACACUGUUAAAGGGUGCUUUAGGGACGCGAUCCGCUUCAGGUGGAAGCUCCAACAACGUCAAUAGAUCUGAGAGCAAAGACUCAGUCACCAGCACACACUCAGACACUGUCUUCGAGCGUGUAAUGAGGACGGGGAAAGUGCCUGUUCCAACACCGAGGAACAAAGACCUGAUGAAGACGGAAACGAGUGAAGCAUUCAAAGCUAAGGACGGGAACUUUAUCCGCUAUAGUAGCCAGCCGCCCAUACCCCCUCCAAGGAGUACGGAAAUGAGAACUAACUACACCGAGUCCGGUUAUGACGUCGACCAGGACUCGUGCGACCAGCCCAUAGACUACAGCAGAAAGUACUCGGAGACCAAGAGCAGCGAGCCGGCAGAAGCGCCGCCCGAACCAAAACCCAAGUCGAAAAAGUCCAAGAAAGAUAAUCCAGACUUUGGAGACUAUCAGGAGACAGACUUGGACCAACCCACGGAUUAUUCCCUCCGUUACGCCGAACACCAAUCAGAAACUGGCUCGGAUACUUCAGAUCCCCCUGUUCCGUCUAUCAACGAGGAUACUAUCAAGCACUUCGCCACCGAAGGCACUCCCUACGAAACUCCCAUCAUAUUCUCCACCGCAACUUCUAUGUCUGACCUCAGAGUUAUAGGCAAAGACGGCAGACCUAAAGCGCCUAACAUCAAAGAGAACCCCGAAGUCAUGACGCAUUCUGACGAAAAAGACACCUGUUCAAUAGAAGACCCACCGAUUGACAAUGAUCGUGCUAUCUCAACUGUCGUCUCCUCUCAGCCAGUGGAGGAAAAGAGAGGGUUGUUUGACACCAAGUUCAGUUCAGGGAUGGUGUCUCCUGAGAAGCCAGUGAACUAUUGUGAUGAGGGGACCCCAGGGUGCUUCUCUAGAGUGAGUUCGCUGAGCAGUCUCGGGGAGCCGACGGAAGAAGACAGUUUGGCGAAGAGGAACGCGAUGGCAACCAUCAAUGUUGAUCCGUGUUUAAUGGAUGAGAGUAUCAACUCGGCUAAGGAUAAAGAUGGUUCAAAAGCAGUAACCUUCGCCUCAGACGCUAUAGAAACAGCCGCGUCCUCACCGCCCUGUGUGCAGGACACGCCGCUCAUGUUCUCCAGAAGCAGCUCGCUGGGGUCGCUGCCGCAGGUGGACAAUGAUAACGAUCAUCGGCCGGAUAACUUGAGUGAUUUGAGUCGCAUGACCUCGGGCUGCAUCUCUCCGAGCGAGCUGCCCGACUCGCCGGGCCACAGCGCGCCGCUCAGCCCGCGCCCGCCGCCCGACCGCGACGAGCCUGAUGAUGAUCAUGAUGAUGACUCUCAUGCAGACGAGCAGCAUUCUGUGUUCGAGGAGCGCGCCACGACAUUCCUAGUUGAAGACACUCCCGCCUUCUUCUCCACCGCCACGAGUCUGAGCAACCUCACCAUUGAUGAUGACCCCAAGCCAAGUCGGCGUGACAAGUCUUCGUCUCAGGAGGAUCACAACACGACCGCUUCCAGCAAUCACACGGAGUUAGGUGCUCAUGAUGACAGAUCUCAAGAAAGACUACCGAAGGCUGACAUCGCUAAAGGCUCCCAAACCCCAGGCGCGGACACAUGCACAAUCUACUUCACUGAAGACACCCCAGCCGUGCUAUCUAAGGCGGGAAGCAAUUCCAACCUGUCUGUCCUGUCGAUCAACUCUACGCCAGCGGGCGCGAGGGAGAUAGCUGAUACGAGUGACAGCUCGAAUUUAAGUGAUGCUGAUGGAUUGUUAGAAGAGUGCAUACAGAAGGGUAUUGCUCAGGUGGUAAAGAACAAGGGCCCUCCAUCAGACGCGGGCUCCGGCCAUCACUUCAUGGCCAGAGAUGGACCUUAUCGUUCCAUGCCUCCGUAUUUGAGAUCAUCGACAGAAACCGUAAAGAUGUCUCAUGACUUCGCAGCCAACAUCCGCGACAGUCGCACGCCGAGCUCGGAGCGCCGGCUGUCUCAGGAGGAGAGCCCGCCGCCGCCGCUGCCGCCCAAGACCAGCUUCCCGCCCGCCCCGCCGCGCCCGCCGCCCAUCGACGACGCGCACGCGUUUGAAGGUCGCAGACACGAGAGCCGUCUCCCAAUCAAGUCUCAACGCAACUCCCGCGAGAAACCCAAACUACCGGCCACUUCCAACCUCGCUCGAAACGAUUCACUCAGCUCUCUGAGCCUCGACUCGUUUGGCUCCACCGACCGGGAGAUAUUCGAGAAGACCGUCAACGCCGGCCUCUGUAGUCUACACCCGCGGGCACGGGAGGAGAAGGCACACUCGGUGGAACGACCUACGGAACACACUCGGCACAACCGCCAACACAAAUCCUUAGACCGCAGCGAUAAGAUUGUCCCACAGAAGCAAAAAACAAAGGAUGCGGAGUUCGAAAAGAAUUUAGCGUCCGGGGCGUAUAACAUCAAACCGACGGGGAAAGUUAAGAGACUGGAGCAAGAGUUUGGUAAUCUACAUGUGAGUAGGUCUCCGUUCUCUUAUCACGGUGAUACGUCGAAUUCUCUAGCUUAUCUCAUGAGGACGAGAGGGCCAAGGUAUUUCCAGGACGGCCCGCCUAGUUUACCAGCUAGAAUUGACAAGGAACGAAGCAACUCGCUUAGCUCUCUAAGUAAUGAUUCUUUCGGAUCGACUGAUAAGGAGGCGUUUGAGCGAUGCGUCCGUAUGGGCAUGUCUAAAGGGUUAACGAAGAAAAAAGAUGAUGGAAAGAUGCGAGUGCGAAGCGACGAUAGAUUAGAAGUGAGAGAGACGCAUCGGUCGCGACAGAAGCCGGCUUCGAGCAAAAACAAGCGUGUAGAAGAGUUCACAAGUGCUAUGACGCGAUCGCCGUUUUCGUACCACGGUGACACUACUACUAUGUCGCUCGCGCAUCAUUCGAGAAUGAAGGCGCAUUCUUCUAGAUUGUUCGACGAAGGCCCUCCGAGCCUGCCCGCUAGGAUAGACGCGCCUCCCAGGCAGUUGGAACGAAGCAACUCGCUGAGUUCUCUAAGUAAUUGUUCGUUCGGUUCUACGGAUAAGGAAGUGUUCGAGCGCUGCGUCCGAAUGGGCAUGGCUAAAGGACAAUCUAAGAGAAAGGACGACGAGAAACUUCGAGUAAGAUCCGACGAUCGAUUAGAAUCGCGGGAAUUACGGGCUCGUAGACGCAAGCCCGACGGGCAGAGCAAGCUGGCUCUAGAAUACAAAGAUAGGUCGCUUAUAGAGGAGGUGAAGCCGAGUGUUUUGUCAAAAAACGUCCAGCCGCCGUCUGCGCCCCGCGCGCGCGCAGACGGAAGCGACGGCCGCGCGCCCCCGAGAAGUGGGUCUGACGACAGACUACAGGCUAACGCCGAAUAUCGGUGUGCCUCCGAAAUAGACUCCGCUUUUGACCCGUCAGAAACCCUGAAUAAGACGAAUGACUCGGAACAUUCGGUCAACACGACUGCAGAGUCAAAUCACGCAGAAUCGGAUGUAUUGAAUAGAUCGAAUGAAAUGCCGACAGUCGAUUCAGGGAAUACGACUUUCGAGUCGACGGAGCUGAAUGAAAUGACUCGCUCGAACGAGUAUUUAGCGCCGAAAUCUGCGAAUACGACGCUAGAGUCUGAAGUGAAAGACGAGCUGAACCGUUCCAACGAGUCGUACGCUGAUGUUCUGGACGGCUCGUGGAGCGAUGUCGGAUCCCCACCUAAACACUACGAAGCUGGGACACUGACACGCAAUAAGAAUAAACUAGAAUGGACCGACAUUAAGUACACAGAAAAACCAGCUGACUAUGAUGACGCGUCCAAACACACAGAUACGUGGAAUGAUAAUACGUGCCCUGAUGACGUCACUUUCCCGACGAUCAGCGGGUCAGUCCACAUGGUUUCUUCCAUCAGAAGCGAGGUCGUCGACCCCACAAACGCACUUCCAGAUUUGCUAGAAAAGAGUGAAAUCACCAGCAUGUCAUUCUCCAGACCAGAUUUAACUAACAAACUCGACAGACAGUCCCCAGACCACGUGAUGCCGAUGAUAGAAGAUCACUACGAACACGACAGAAUGCUCGACAACAUUCCCGAACCCAGCUACAUGUCAUUAGCAGACGAUACCGAACCGAAGUUCGAUUCGAUUCUAUCAUCGGCCAUUGAGAAAGAAGCGGCGAGAUUGGCCGCGCAGCUAAAAUGCUCACAAUUUAACGGAAUGGAUACCAGUGUGACGUCAUUAAACUCUUUAGACUUAGACAACAUCAAGCCUCCAUCUAACUUAGGCAGUCUACUGUCUUUAAGCGCGUCAGGCCACUUCGACGAUACAUCGACGCAAAUGUCCAAGAAGUGUUCACAGAAGAGCCGAAAGAAGUCUUUGCCUCAUUCGCUUAUGGUGAAACGGGCCCUGAGCCACUCAUUCCACAUUGGCAGUAGUGAACAUCUGGACAGUAACCCCAUGAGUUUAAUAGGAGAUAUGAAGCCUCCGUCAGAAAUGGAGCAUUUAGAUAUGGAAAGCAGUAUGGUUUCCGUAUCAAGCAUAGUAUCAGAAGUAGCAGACGCUAAGGAAAAAACACCAGUUGUGUUUGACUUUAAGCAGCCAGUUCAAGACUUCCCUAUGUGCAGUCACUUGACGAAUGCCUUCCAAGACCUAGAUCAGGUCAAUCCACCGUCAUUAUUUGACGAGAUGGCAGAGUCGACUGUAGAAAUUGAACAGACGACGGCGCAUCAAGUGUAUGAGGAUUGCUUAUCAACGCUGAAUGUCGUGACGGAUAUACCUUCAGGCUCUGAGAAUUGCACCCCGCUACCCUCAGAUAUGAGUAGUGUAGAAUCCACUCCGAAGCGACAAAGAUACUUGACGCCAAAAGAGAAACGUUUAGUAGCUAAGGACAGAUACCAAACGUAUACAAUAGCAGACCCGGCAGCGGAAAGUGACGUCACACUUGCAGUCGACACUGAAACUGACGAGUUCCUCACUUGGACGAAAUCCGAGAGCGAUUCCAGAUCCGACGACUAUGUGACUGCAAAUUCAGAGGCCAAGACUAAACGACGUAUCAGUGCGAAACAGAGACGCAUGGAGGACAGAGCGAGAUAUCAGACGCAAACUGUGGAUAUAACCAAUAUAAUCACGCAGAAUGGUAGCAUAGAUCCUCAGAUAGCGGAGUUACGGGAGCGGUUAGCCGCGAAGAAGACCAUGAAACAGAAGCGGGUAGAAGACGCGGAGAGGUUUAGAACCAGGACUUUAAGUGACGACGUGGCGUCGCCCGCGCGGGAAGACGCUGUCGAGUCUACCACAGGAUACGACAGCCUGUCCUCCGCUGAACUAGACCAGCAAUUACUAGAAGGGCCCCAUGAUGAUGACGAAGUUACCUCAACGCAGAUGCUAACCUACACUAAGACUUUCGGCCAAUACCUCCCCGUCAUAGAAAGCCCAACGACCAUCGAUCUAUGCCUGGUCAACAAUCUUAAAAACAUAGAAAUGACCGCGUCGUACAGACGCGCAAUGCAAAAUGACCUCAAAAACAACCCGAGUAGCAGCGACUUUGCGAGCUACGAGGGCGACAGCCACUCGGAGGGCCGCGUCCACUCGGACUCGGAGACAGACACGCCCGCCGUGAAGCCGAAACCGAAGAUCACCAAACCCGACCUGAGACGCGACGAGAGUCUAGACUCCAACGAAUCUAUUGACAAGGAACAAGACGGACCCAAAGCGAUCAGAGGACGGAAGAAAGCAAUGUAUGUGUCGCCCUACCGACGCACCACCGCGCCCGCCAAGCGCCCCGCGCCGCCCGCCAAGACUAUCCAGAAACCCGCCAUCACUAAACCCCUCGCCAAAGCUCUGAGUGCCAAACCCCCCAGCAAAACUCCAACCCCUACAAAAGCCACCAGCGCAAACACGUCCCCUAAGAAAAUUCCCCCAAAGUCGCCCUCAAAAAUUGCACAGAAGCCGAUGUCUAUUCCGUUGGCGAAGCCGCUGCCUUUAGAGAGGCAGGGCACGUUCACUAAGGAAGAGAGCUCGGUGCCGGCCAGAGACCUGCCGGUGCCUGAGAGAAGCAAUGUACAGAGUCGUCUGGUGAAGGCUGGUACUCCCACCAAACCGGCGCCCACAUCACCCAGCCGCCUGCCGCGCGCCCGCCCCGCUCUCACCAAGGCAGCAAGUGGUGACGCUAAGAACCCGCCCAAGAAACCCUCCCCUAGACCCUCCACCUCUGGCAUGCGGCCUUCAGCUUCCAACCACAGCCUCCAGAGCAACGACAGCGGGAAAACUGUCACCGUCAGUUCCCGCGGCUCCCGCCAGGGCAGCACCGGCAGCGUCCAUUCAGUAACCACAGCAAAGAAAGACAUUGAGAGUAAAAUCUCUGGGCUGUGGAAGAAAGUGGAGCAGUGCAAAAAGCAGUCGCCGGCGAAGCCCGACAAGCGAGUGUGGAUCGAGGCUGAGAAGCCAGACCCAGAGCCGCCGAAACUCAUCAGGAGUUCCACCUUCGACCAGCCGAAGCAGCAGGCGCCGGCCGCGCCCAAGCAGAAGACCAGCAUCGGCAUCCGCGUCAGUCAAAUACCCAGUUUAAGGCCAAAGGCACCGGCCCGCGCCGCGCCCGCCGCCGCCGCCGCUAGGAAACCAACCCCCAAAGUGUUUGCAAGGAAACAGCUGAACGGAUAAACUUAAAUGAUAUUUUUGUACAAAGUGUGUAGGGCGAGUUGUAUGUGAUUUGUGCGCUAUCGGUUAGGAAAAUUAUCGAGUGCUUCAACCCUAUGGAUUGAAUGUUAGGCGGAUUGAUUUUCGAUUGAUCGUAUCGUAAGAUCAUGAGUAAAUAAUUGUAUGUAUUGUGGUAUGUAAAAUUUGUAUUAGCAUCAAAUAUUUUGAAAACAUUUCAUGUCUUAUUCGUAUAGGUUUACAGUGAUUUACGUUGUCAAAAAUUAUGAAAAUAUUUAUUUCAGUAGGUACUUAUGUAUGUUGAGCAAUUCAAUUGAGUUUAUUCGUAGUUUUAUAAAUAUAUCUAUGUAUUUUGUAUGCGUUGAAUGUUAAAAGAUGAUUUUUCUUUAUUUUUGCAUUUAUUUUGGUGAACAAUAAGUAAUAUUUUAUAUUGUUCAAAGUUUAAGUUUUCUUGACUUCAACUAUUGUUUAUCGCAAAGAAAUGUCACAAUUAUAUUUUACCUUAUAAAAUAAAUAAAUAGCUAAGUACUUUCUUAUAGCUUACUUAAAUGUAAUGGCGUAAAUAUUUACUUUUAAUACGACAGUAAUUUCAAGAAAUAUUUUUACACCAACGAUUUUUAAACAAUAUGGAUGUUACAAUGAGCUGAACAAUAUUUCAGGUGCGGAAACGUGAAGUUUCCUUACUCAAAUAUAACUAGUUAGUUCAUCGUUACAUCCUUCAUUCCAGAUCAUUUGUAAAUAGAUUUUUCACUAAAAUACUACAUAGUUUUUAAGGUUAUCACGAAAUUUGUAUAUUGUAGAUGUCAUCGCUUUACAUUCAGAGUAAAAUAGCGUUCGCAUCCUGAGAAUGCGUCGUUGUGUUACUUCUAGUCAGUUUUAUGUUUAGAGACCCCGGUGUUAGUUUCGGCUCUAGAUUAGGACGUAAUUUUCAUCUUUUCAAUGUUAUCGUAGGAUUUUUCAAAUCUGGCUUCCUAUUAUCUUAAAUAAAUAGAAUAAUACGCGGGUUUCUGUCUACCUAGUUACCGAUACAAUUUACAUUCUUAGAGUCCUCAUUUUUACCAUCAUGAUAGAAUAGUAAAUAUAAGCUAAAUAUUUCGUUGUACUUAGAUAUUCUUGUUUCGCCAUUACUCAUCUCUUACUCAUCUGUAAGCCAGUAUAAUAAAUAAGUUACAUAGAUAGUUAAUAAGGUGCAUAUUUCAUGAUAAAUAAAGGAAGUAUACUUACCUGAA